ACCCUGAAAAUGUCAUCCCAAAUGUCAAAUUUGGCCUUCAAUUUCUGGGGAUUCUCGCAAUUAUUGUGAAGAUUUAGCAAUGUCCGAGUGAAGUGAAACAGGCGAAAUCGAUGCUGUGACCGCGUAGCGUGUUCGUCUUAACAUGACGUCCAGGAGCAAGAAUGCGGUGCGAAGCUACGAGACCGAUAUCGAGAAGAGUCGGGAGGAGUCCAACUGGAAGAAGGCAGUCGACUUGGCUUUGCAGCUCAAGGCCAGGUCUCCACAACAUGAAAGUCUCGCACAUUUCCUCAUUGGAGAAGGCAAGUUGGAAGCAUACCUUGAUGAAUGGCCUCCGCUCAAGGAAAACAUCGAGAGAGCCCAGAGAGAGCUCUCAGAAGCUCGUGGCUACCUGACACUAGCCACCGACGAGGCAGGGAAGAAGGCCGGAGUAGCAUUGGACGCACAUCUGUUACUUGGAAAGCUGAACUUUGCGUGUGGAGCAUAUGAUGAUGCGUUGAAGCAUUAUAAGUUGGCGGAGCUUAAUACUUUGACAGAGAAGGAGUUGCCAGUUCGGAGUUUGCGUAUAGUGGCGGAGUCGUAUGCAAUCAAGGGGCUAUGCUUGGAGCUGACGACACUCCCUGGCUCCACCAGCCGCUACAAGCAGGCGGAACGCGAACAGGAAAUGAUCCGCAGUUUCGAAAUAUCGUCAGAGCUGAGUUUGCUGUACUUACAAAAAGCGGGCGCUUCAGCCCCAACGGGCGCUGGAGCGACCUUAGAGACUGCCUUACAGCGCGCUCCGUUGUUGCAUAUAAGAGCGGGGAGAUUGCAGGCUGCUAUUGACAGGUACCGUGAAAUGUUGACUGCAGUGGAGUCCGUGUCCACGCAGUCCCUGCGGCUCACUCUCGCGAGACAACUCGCUGAAGUGCUGAUGAGGGGAGUCACGGGACAGGUAUAUAAGGCGCCACAAAAAGUGGCAUUGCCGCCUCAGCUGCAAGGCACGCUGAGCAGGCGGAGGGAAGACCACGUGGCCGAGGGACCGUGGAAACCCAAGAAGUACGCCGGCAUCAACCAGUUCGUUCCACGCAACGAGUACGAGGAAGUGGUAUUGCUGUUGUUGGUGGGCGAAGCGAUGGCCGUCCGCGACGCCGUGCUCUCCCAGAGCGCGGAGUUCGAGGCGGCGAGGGUUCACUCGCUGCAGAACGCCAUGGCGGUCAUAGACUUGCUGGCGCUGGCUAGCGUGCGGUGGGGGCAGCUGGCGUUAGUGUUAGAGUCGCUAGAGCGCGCGAUGAAGUUCUCAUUCGGGUGCGGCCACAUCUGGAGACAGCGGGCGUUGGCCACCGCGGCGGCGGCGAGGUGCCCCGCCGCCGCCACCGCCCUGCUGCCCGCCGCGCCUGCGCCGCUGCACCCAGGCACGAACGCGUGGAACGCGAGUGUGCGCGCGCUGUGCGUGUCGCGCCGCAGCGCGCCGCUGCUGAAGGACGAUGCGGCGAUGCGGCUGCUUGCUGCGAACACCUGCUUCCGCGCCGGAUGGAUAGAGGAAGGCAUAGAGCUGGCGGACGAGGCGCUGUCGAUAGAGGAGGAGGCGAGCGGCGCGCUGCUGGCGCGCUGCUACCUCUACUGCGGCAUCGGACAUCAGAUGAAGGCUCAGAAAACAAAUUCUCGUAUCGAGAAGGAGUCGGAGAACGAGACCAGCUUGCGGAUGAUGCUGAAGUCGGUGGAGCUGGACGACAACGAUCACUUGGCGUUCUACCAUCUAGCGCUGCAGUACAUGCACAUAGGCAUGCUCAACGAGGCUAUGGACGCGACUCGGGCGUGCUUGUCCGCGCGGCCGGAAUGCGGCGGCGGCUUGCGGCUCGCGACCGCGCUGUGGGCGUCGGCGUGCGCGGGCGUGCGCGGCUCGCGCGCGCUGGCGUCCGCGCGCCUCGCGCACCACCACUACCCCGCCGCGGAGUGGCCGCUGUUCAGCCUCGCCUCGCUGCAGCUCGUGUGGGAGAGCGGAGAGGCCGCUCUCGCCACAGGCAAGGAGCUGCUGCAGCGCCUGCACGGCGACGACGAGACCGAGCCCGCGCCCUACGCCGAGCUCGACGCCAAGUCCGACUCGCUGCACGACGACACACACAGCAAUCGCGACGCCGCCUCAAUACGUGCGGAGUCCGCGGGCGCGUACCGCAUGGAGCGUGCGCUAUCAGAGGGUGCAUCGUCCAUGUCGGCGAGGAAACCCAAGUCCCCGCUCGCUGAGCAGAAAGCGCAUGCGUGGUUAUUGUUAGCGGAUUUAUGUUUAAGGUUAGACCGAGUGGGCGCCGCGGCCGGCUGCGUGUCGGAGGCGGCCGCGCUGACGCCCUUCAGCCAUCUCGUACUGUACACGAGAGGCUUGGUGCACGCGGCCAGCGCGGAGUGGGACGAGGCGCGGCAGUGCUUCCAGAACGCGCUCGCGAUACACCCCACGCACCUGGACAGCUUAGUGCAGUUAGGUGCCACAUACUACUCCCUGGGUUGGCUGCGACUCGCAGAGCGUACAUUGCGAGAAGCGGGCUCCUUACAGCCGACGCGUGCGGACACGUGGCGGCGCCUAGCUUUAGUGCUGGCGGCGCUGGGCGAGCCUGCCGCCGCGGCCGACGCCGCCGCCGCGGCGCUGGCGCUACACCCUAUCUCUGCCGACCCGCUGCCGCUUUGACGCCUCGAUGUCCACAGCUGCGAAUAGCACGAGUGAGUCGACUGCCAACCUUCCGCCCGCGCGGACUAACGAACAAGUACACGAAAUAUACUACACAUACACUAUUUACAUUAAGGGAUACAUUCAUUAAAGGGGGACUCUAGUCCCAAGGAGUUUGAAGAAACUAUUGCCGUCGCGCUGCGCCUGAUCGGCUGUCGUAAAGUGCGAAAAGGACAACUGCAGCUCAGCCCGAUUUUGUCUACAAAAACCUUAACCAAAAGAUGUUUCGUAUUCCGCUGUUCCAUUGUUUAUUUUAGAUAGCAAUAGAUAGCAAUUUCUUUAGUUCUUCUAAUUUAAAUUUAAUUCUAGUGCUGUAGAAAAUGAGCUACAGAUCUAAAAUAAGAAACAUCAGUCAUAAAAUAUAUAUAACACCUAACUGUAAACAAAAAAUGUUUCUG